CCACAACAAAACACUCUUUUUCCCCAACUUCAAAAACCCAUACACCACAGCAGCGUCUCUACUCUUUCACCACCGAUCUUCAGCUCUCCAAACCCUCAAUUUGCCUCUCAUUUUCUACCACUCAUUUCCCCUCCUCCACUGCGUUAGAUCCCUCCGUUACCAAGAGGGCUGAAGGUGCUUUCAGAGGUUCCCUUCUCCUCUCUCAUCUCGAACUCCAGAAACCCACACGAAGGAACCCCAGACUCCCAACUCUGAACACAAACUAGGUAUCCCACGUUGCUUAUCUUUCUCACCUUCAACUUGUAAACCCAUCGCGGCACUGUGGGUCUGCUGAAGAGAAAUUUGUGAGCCCUCUGUUGGGGUGGAGGUUUCAAACAAUGUCAAAGGCAAGUAGUUAUAACACCAAUUCUAGUUGGCAUUUGUGUGACAUGGACCAGUGCAUGGUGCGGAUGUCUUUGAAGCUCCAUAAUUUUGGUAGGAGGUUCUAUGGCUGUAGACAUUGGAAGCCUGAUAGUGACCAACAUUGUAAGUCCUUUAAGUGGUUGGAUGGCAACACAUGUAGGCGUGGUGCUGAAACAACACCAAUUGUAAUAGCAAAAUUUACUAGGCUAGAGGCCGAGGCAGCUAUAGCAAAAAAUAAUGAGACCGAUGCCCAUGCAAUGUUAACAGAAGCACUUCAGAGGGAAAGAGCAGCGAAACGUAUUGUUGAAAAAGCAAGGGUUGCACAGCGUAUGGUCAAUGAUCGAGCCCAUAAGUACAAGACUGCUUUAGUUAUCUCAUGGCUGAUCUUUGCCAUAUUGUUGGUAUUUUUACGUAUGUCUAGUGAGUUUGGAUUACGGCAAAUGUGUCUGCCAUGAAUCUGAAUGUGUACAUGGGCCGCAUAAUGUAAUAUCAUUAAUGUUUUAGACAUGGAAAUGUAUUGUACGUGUUGGACCAACAAAUGUAUUGUAGGUGCUGGUCCCAACAAUGUAUUGUAGGUACUUUCAUUUUGACGAAACGGUUGUAUGUGUUGAACUCUCAGUGGGAAUGUUUUGUCAACAACUUAUAUAU